UGACUCGGAAGUAGUUUCUCAGCCUGAGUGAACGCUUAAUGGCGGAUGGUGUACUGCUUUUAGUUCAUACAAACUCCAUCCUCGAGAUUAAAUCCUUCUUUUUUCUGUCUGUCUCCUGAACUGCAGCCGCUUUAAACAAUGAUUGAAGGUGUGAAGCGGGCCGCGGACAUGGCGCUCGUUCCCGCGGGGGUGAAGAGACCGAGAACCGAACUGGUGGCAGCGGCACAGUCCCAACAACUCACUACUAUGGGGCCUCCACGUAGUUCCAGUUUGCAGGCACCUAUAAUGUUGUUGUCUGGGCAUGAGGGAGAAGUCUACUGCUGCAAGAUUCACCCUAACGGCUCCAUGCUCGCUUCUGCAGGAUUUGACCGCCUCAUCUUAUUAUGGAAUGUUUAUGGAGAAUGUGAAAACUUUGCCACGCUAAAAGGCCACACUGGAGCCGUAAUGGAGCUUCAUUAUAACACAGAUGGAAGUCUGCUUUUUUCAGCCAGUACGGAUAAAACUGUGUGUGUGUGGGACAGUGAAACUGGUGAGCGCAUGAAGCGACUGAAAGGGCAUACGUCCUUUGUAAACUCUUGUUUUCCUGCUCGACGUGGUCCCCAGCUGGCCUGCACUGGCAGCGAUGAUGGAACUGUGAAGCUGUGGGAUAUCAGGAAGAAGGCAUCCAUCCAUACGUUCCAGAACACGUACCAGGUUCUGAGUGUUACCUUCAAUGACACAAGUGACCAGAUCAUCUCAGGAGGCAUUGACAACGACAUUAAGGUUUGGGACCUGAGACAAAACAAGCUGAUUUACAGCAUGCAGGGGCAUGGAGAUUCUGUAACAGGACUCAGCCUGAGCUCCGAGGGAUCCUACUUACUGUCCAACUCCAUGGACAACAGCGUGCGCGUUUGGGAUAUCCGUCCAUUUGCCCCUAAAGAGAGAUGUGUGAAGAUUUUCCAGGGAAAUGUCCACAAUUUCGAAAAGAAUCUUCUGCGCUGCUCUUGGUCACCAGAUGGCAGUAAGAUAGCGGCAGGUUCCUCUGACAGGUUUGUGUAUAUCUGGGAUACGACCUCUCGUAGAAUCCUUUAUAAGCUUCCUGGUCAUGCGGGAUCAGUCAACGAGGUGGCCUUCCAUCCAGAUGAACCCAUUGUUUUGUCCGGAUCCAGUGAUAAGCGUCUCUACUUGGGGGAAAUUCAGUAGUGCGUGCUUGUGUGUGUCUGUGUAUGAAAGUGAGUGAGUGAGUUUGUCACCGAAUGGGGGUUAUUAAUUUUGAGAAAGAGAAACAUUCUUUUUGAGACAGUCCAUGGCUGAGGAUACAAAUGUUGGGUUGCUUUUCUAUGCUUUUAAUAAACUUGUUUUUGGAGAAAUCUA